AUGGUCACAGCAUCCGACGGAUUACAAAAUAAAAGGCUAGCUACUUCCCUGUUUCUGAUUUUAUCGCAAAAAUAUUCUUCUUCAUUGCGUUUCCUUUUUCUGAACAGAUCGAUUUAG